AUGGCAAACAAUAAAACGUUCUUCACCCAUGAGGGCUUAAUCCCGGUAUACAACAGGGAAGAAGACCUGUUUGAAUCUAAGCUUUCAAAAGAAGCUGAUAUUAUUGCUGGGUUAUACCUGCUGAUCAUUGGCGUCCUAUCUACGCUUGGGAACGGAUAUGUAUUAUUUAUGGCUUGUAGGAGAAAGAAGAAGCUCAGACCAGCGGAAAUCAUGACCAUAAACUUAGCCAUCUCUGACCUGGGAAUUUCAGUGACGGGAAAGCCAUUCACCGUAGUGUCCUUCUUCGCUCACCGCUGGGUGUUUGGUUGGAGCAUCUGCCAGUGGUAUGGAUGGGUUGGUUUCUUCUUUGGUGUUGGAAGCCUCAUCACCAUGACGGUUGUUAGUUUUGACAGAUACUUGAAGAUCUGCCAUAUGAGAUACGGUACCUGGCUGAAAAGAAGUCAUGCCUUUAUCAGCCUAUUCUUAGUGUGGCUCUAUGCAGCAUUUUGGGCAACUCUUCCAUUGAUUGGUGUGGGUAACUAUGCCCCAGAGCCAUUUGGGACGUCUUGUACACUGGACUGGUGGCUGGCACAAGUGUCUGUGAAGGGAAAGGUCUUUGUAGUCAGCAUUCUCUUCUUCUGCCUCUUACUGCCCACAGCUAUCAUCGUUUUUUCAUAUGCAAAGAUCAUUGCCCAAGUCAAAUCUUCUGCCCAGGAGGUCGCACAGUUUGAUACCAGGAACCAGAAGAACCACACAUUGGAAAUGAAGCUGACCAAGGUGGCAAUGUUGAUCUGUGCAGGGUUCCUUAUUGCCUGGAUUCCUUAUGCAGUUGUGUCUGUGUGGUCAGCUUUCGGGAGACCUGACUCGGUUCCAAUUGAGUUUUCAGUGGUACCAACUUUGCUUGCAAAAUCCGCUGCUAUGUACAAUCCAAUUAUUUAUCAAGUCAUCGAUUACAAGUUCUCGUGCUGCCGGCCCAGAAACACGCUGCAGAAUUCUAAAUCCAGGAUCUAUACUAUCAACCCAUGCAGAAGAUCAGUUCCAUCAACAGAAGAAAUCGGAGGAAAGAGCAAUGAGUAAUAAACUGUGCUGGACCAAGUGAAAGACUCAACUUAACGAGGUUACCAUUGAGAGCCACUACAUUUGGGGUAAUGCCUAGUACUGAUAUAUAUUUUUCUCCAAAAUUGCCUCCACAGUCUCAA